UGUCCUCGCCCCGCCCGGCGGGCUGUCCCCCGCAGGUCCCUCCCUCGCCGGCCUGGAAGAGGCGGGCGGUCCGGGCGGCUGGCAGAGUCGCUCGCUCGGAGGAGGACGCGGCGCGGGCCGGACGGAGGUGCGCAGGGCCGGGGACGCGUUGCGCAGGGUCGACCGUCCGUCCGUCCGGCGGACCAGGGGCGGAGAGGACGGGCAGCCUCCCUGUCCGUGGACGUCCGGCCGCUCCCGGUGGCCUCUUCGGGGUCGGGCUGGAGGGACUCGGGAAGCCACGCUCUGCCCCGGCGACCAGCCGGCCCGGCUCCGGCGUGGCCCUGGCGGGGGGAGGGCAGGGCCCGACGGGGAGGCGGCCACUGCUUGGCCGAGCGCGCCGCAGCCGGGCAGAGAAAGGCCCGCCUGUCAGCCGCGCGGGGCUUUUCCCGCUCUGGCCGGCGCCAAGUAGGGACGGCGGCCGGCGCUUCUCCCGGGGCUGCUGGUCCUGAGCUGCGGCCGAGAAAUUCGCCUCCCCCCGCAGGGCUGGUGCUGCUCUCUUGGCCAGGCAUCGUUUUUAGAAGACUUGGGUUUUGCCUUCGAAGGUUGCCCAGUAAGAGGCGCUCGGAGCGCUUGGAGCCGAGGCUGUCCGGUGGGGCCCCGGCUGGCUCCCCGCGUGGCUGCGGCCAGACAGAAGCAGAACCCGUUGUGGCUGUCGCCUUUCCUCCGCCUGCCGUCAGAAACGGCCUAAUUCAUCCCGAGAAACGGCUUCCAGGUUGCAAGGAACAAGCGAAGCGUUAGGCAUAUUUUAGUGCAACACCCCAAGGAGGAGCCUGGAAGCAGCGCUGGCAAAGAGGCCGCCGAAGGAGGAGAAAAGCCAGGACUGGGAGGUUGGGGGCAGGGGGCUUCUCCUUCAGAGAAGCAGGGAGGGCUGCCGGGCUGCCAGGUUGGAUAGGGAAAGCCCCCUGGCUCCUUUCCUGAUAAGAUCCAACUGUUUCCCUUCUCCCGCCCACCCAGCUGUAAUCCAUGAAUUUUGGAGGGCAGGGUCAGCUGUGCCCUGGGUCUGCGCCACCCUUUUUGGUGGUGAUGAAGGAGCCUCUGGGGCCAGUGGCUAGACAGCAUUUGGCUGUGGAUGUGGUGCAUUGGCCCAUGGAGGUGCUGGUUUUGAUGGGACCGCUGCACUAGAGGCCCAAAAUCUUGUGUGGCAAAAAUAUAAGAGAGGGCAAAGCUGGCUCAGUUUGCAUGCUGCAGGAAAUUUCUGGGGGGAAACAGCUUGUUUGGGAUUGUUUGUUGUGCCAGUGCUAGGAAGGGAGAAUCAACCGGUUUAAAUCUGGUUUUAAGUCAUUGUUAUAAACCCCAGAACUUUUCCACCUCUGGUGCCAAUCCAGCUUAGAUUUCAGCACACCUCCAGCCCAACGGUGAGAUUUCUGGAAGAGGCUGAUCUGUUGCACAGGGAGGCAGGCCUUGGGGUUCCCUCGGUCUCACUUUUUCCUCGCAGAACUUCCUUCUCACAACUUUUGUGAAAUUGAUGCCAAAGGUAAUUCAAGGAAAUGCUGGGACCCCCUGAAAGUGGAGACUUGCCCAAUAGACCCCUCCUCCAAAUUCCAGAUGACCUAAGUGCAUGUGCAGUGAAUGUGCAGAGAAGAGUCCUAAGGGCCCAACAUGCCAGGAGUGUGGAUGGGCCACGCCUGGAUCCAUAGAAGCAACAAGUCUGCAAGCUGACCAAAAAGCAGAAGCAGCUGAUAAGGCCUGGCAGGUGGAGGAGGUGCACAGUGAGGAGAGAAUCUGGAGCUGCUGGUAGAAAGGUUGGAAAGAAGGGAUUUUAAGGAGAGGAGCUUUUUGUAAGAAAGAAAAAGGAACACACAACAGAACCAUUUGUUUGCAGCGAGAGAAGAGAAUCACAAAGAAAGCGCUGAACUUCCAAAGUUCUCAUUUUCAGGCACACCUCUUCACAUAAAUCUAGCAUGCCCCUCACAUUCCCACCAAGUGGGCAGGGGGAUACAGAGGCAGGGUCCUCCUUUUAAAAUGCCUGAGGGAACCAGCCGAGUUGUCACCAGAUCUGAAAAGAGAACUAGAUAUUUUGACCCUGACAAAGCCUCUUCUGGAGAAAAGUAUUUGCUCGGUCUCACAAAAUGGGGUUAGAUUCCAAAAAGGUAAUCAUUUAUGGAAUAGCCACAGUGGACUUUGUGAAGUGAGGGCUGCAGCCAGUGUCCACCACUCAUUUCCUUGCAGGCUAAUCUCUGUUUACAGGCAAAUCUGUUUCUCCUGCAAAUCCUGCUACAAGUACCACUGUGGCAGGACUAUCCAGAAACCAAGGUUACAGUGGAUAUACAUUUCUAUGCAUAAAAUUUAUAAAACAGAAUGAGAGCAAAAAUGGAAAGUGGAAUAAAUGUGGGGAAACAGACAUUUUCUUAGAGCCAGUACCCCUCAACCUCUAAAAAGCAAUAAAACAAUGUGUGUGGCUGGUUCUAUGUGGAUUUGAAAUCCGAGUCUUUGACUAAGUGAAAGAAAGGAAAGGGGGGGAUUUGGGCCGUGGCCUAAAUGCAGCACAAAGAGCAAUGAAAGGAAAUGACAGAAUAGGAGAUGGAGUUCGAGAGGAAUUGGGGAAAGUGUAGAAAGAGAAGGAAAAGGAGGGAACUUGCUCUGGGUCAACUUCAUCUGAAGACUGGCAGGAGAACUGACAGUGGCGGAACUGGGUGGCCUAGACAGGCACUGCCGGAACAAGGGGCUGAGGAGAAGACAAGGGUCUGUCUCAUUCUUCCAAGAGAAUGGAAUGAUAAUUGAAGAAAGGAAGGGCUUUUGUAAUGCCAGGAGCUGUGCAAAGGCAGCAAGAGGAGAGGAGAGAAAAAUGGCAGAGGAAAGAGUAACAGUUGGCGAUAGGCUGGAGGCCUGAGCAGGAAGAACUGCAAGGGAGAAGCACACCUGAAGCCCCUUGAAGGCCAAGUCGCAUUUCCCCUGCCAGAGGAGAGCUUCUCUGCAUGGGAUCCAUUUCAGGCUGUUUGCAAAACGGCCUGAGCUGAAGGGAGCCCCCUGCGGAGGAAGGCUUGGCUUGGCUCUGCUCAGCUCACAGGCUUGGACACAAACCAGCCAUUGUCUUUGAAAACCGAAGCUGCCUGUGGAGAUUUCUCUGCAGCUCCCAAUUGUAGCUCAGCCAGAGCUUGAUCGGGGCUUCUCUCAAAGGCUUUUCUUGGUUUGGGGAGGAGUUCAACCUGGAUUGUGAACUGUUUUGAUUUGGAGGUUCUUCAGCACAAUUGCAGCCGACUUAAAGGAGAAACGAAGAGCAGCUGUGAAUUGUGUGUUAAGCUUGUUGGUCCUUGGGACUGAGAUGGGUCCAUUCUGGGCCCAAAGCCCAGGAAACUGCAUCUUCUGCUCCACAAAUGAGUCCAGGUCCCCCUUCGUGGUGAAUUUCAGAGACCCUCUCUGCUGCUUUAGAUGAGAAUCUGUUUUAAAGACAUCUUGGAUGGAUUGUAGGAGAACAAAAGGCAUCUCCAGCUCUUCUGCCUUCUGGACUCCUUCAGGGAUGGGCUGGAACAGUCUGCACCAGAAGGGGUUUAGAGGAGAACCGGUCCUGUCUGGGCAGCCGGUCUGGCCUGCUGCUUUUGCGUAAAAAGCACAAGGUCAGCCUGUGACCCACCAACCUCCUUUGGGGGAAGAUGGAUCCAGUUUCUGCAGGGAGGUUUGUGAAGGCCACAGCAAACCAGGCAGGUUUGUGCCCAGCAGGCUUUGGCUCUGGCUACCCAGUGUCCGGCCCCAGGACAGCCCCUUACCACCAUGCCAUGGCUGUGAUAGGGAAGCUCCCCUGGGGUUCAGACUGGGAGGCUCACAAGCCAAUCCAGCCCAGCCUUGGCACUAAGCUGCUAACCCACAAGCAGCUCCUCCUCCCCCCAAGUAAGGUGCCCUUUGCCCCUUGCAUUAGGGGGUUCCAUUUCAGACAAGGAAGGGGUCCUCUUUCCCGACUCCUUUCUUCACUGAACCAGCCCUCCCUUUAGCAGCCAUGGGUGUCCUCUGCCCAUUCAGCUUUACCCCUGCUGAUGCGGGGGCGGGGGGGGGAUGACUUUCUAGAGGGGGCGUGUAACAAAUGCGAGGAGGGGAAUGAGGAAGAAUUCCCUGGUUUGGUUUGGCUUCCCUUCCAGUUUGCCCUUUUGCCUGGGUGCCUGCCAAGGCCCGCCUGUCCGGAGCAUCCCUUCCCACAAGGGAGGAUAAAGAGGCCGAUUGUCCGAGCUUGGAGACAAUUGGAGCAGGCAGCCUGGCCGCUGGCCACGCUGGUUCAGCUGGGGAGACGCUUCGGCCCCAGCGAUGCCAUUGGGCGACCGUACAGCAGAGCCAGGGAGGCAGCCCAAUGACAACGCUGAGUGAUUUGCCCUCGGGACGUGCUGGCACCUAACGAGCGUUGCCUCCAGCCUCUUAUUGGCAUGCCCGGGGCUCGGCUCAAGCGCAGGAGGCUACCCCGCCAGGCAGGCUGGGGCUCCGGAAUUUGGGUGCCUUUUUUCUUCCUCUGUGGCUGAAUUCCUGGGUGCCCAAAGGUCCAGAAGAGACUGCGGAGCCAAGAGAGCUGAGCCACCAGUUGUUCCAGGGAAGGCGAGGAGGGCUGGCGGCAGCUGGAUGCCUCUGCCAACCCAGCUCUGUUUUGCAAGGCAGCCCCAGAGAGAGAGCAGCGGAGAGGCCGGGGGAGGAUCCUGCUCUGAGUUUUGGCUCCAAAUGGGCAUCUGAAGAACCUUUCAAGCAGCCUUGAGCCUCUAGGGAAAAGGGUUCAAAGCAGCAUACUUGGAUCAAGUAUCACUGAGCUUGGAAACACUCUCAAAUUUGGAGUGUGUCUUUUGUGAAACGCCUCCUCCAGUCCCAGCUUUCUUUAGGAGGGCAGCAGCUGCGCAGGGAGAAAGAGGGAGAGGGUCUCUGGAAUCUGCAUCUUUCCUCUUUUUAGGGACAUCAUAAAGGGGCCUGGCUGGGGGUACCUAAUUGGAGAAGCUCCAGGUCAGUAAAAGUGUGAUCACAAGAAACUUCCAGCUGGGCAUUGAAUUCAGUGAAACUGGCCUGCUUGAUUCAUAACCUGUCCGGUGAAACUUCCCACCCCGCAGAAGCACGAUGGGCAUCCUUGUUGCUGAAGGAAGAGAAAACACGGCUUGUGCAAAGAGCUUGAAGGGUGGUGGAGUCUCAAGGCUGCACCUGGAACGAUCCAGGUGUCCUAGCUAGGACAUGGAGUUAAGAAUUUGGGUUUAUAUGCUGAUGUUGUAUUCUUAGAACUGUUAUCAUUUUAAGGACAUGUCUCUGCGCCAAUUACAGCAUAGAAUCAAAACAGCAUUAAACCCACAUAAUCAAUGAAAAAUGAUAACAUGUUAAGAGGUGGCAAAUCAUCUGAUAUUAUUAGUAGAAUCUGUUCAACCUGCAUUUAGCUGGUUAUCCCUAAAUUACAGGUCCACGUUGUGUGGUGAGUCCACCUGUCUCUUUAUUAGAUUCGGUCCACUUCAGUCACCAGUACAGACUGUUUCUUAUAACCCAGCUUCAAAAUCUCUUCUGAUCAUCUUUAGAGGUUUCUGUGGAGUCCAGAGGAUGUGAGCUCUGGCCGGGCAUGAUUAGAUGUAGGCCUUGUUUCCUGGCUGUCUUUUCUGAUAAUUCCUGGAAGCUGGACUGCUAAAGAGAGUUGUGUAUAUGUGGAAUAGCAUUCAUCUGAAAGUGGCUUGAAGGUCCGGGAGGAAGCGCAGAGCUGAGACAAGCCAGCAGACUUCAUUUCCUGCCGAUGGCCAACUUGGGUCUCCUUUCCCCUCGUCCAGCUGAAGCUCAGGGUCCAAGGUGAUCUGGAGUUCAGCAGGAGAGGAUUUCCAGUGGCAAGCCCUGAUAUGGGGAGUGGGGCUGGAUCAGAGGGGCAGCCUUGGAAGCAGCCAGUCAAGGGUCUGUGGGGCUUGCUAGCCUGGACUCCAGGAGAUGGACCAGGCUUUGGGGUUGGGAAACUGGGGGGUGGAACAGACGUGCUCGUUGGGAAUUGAGGCCCGGCAGAAGAGCAGAAUUCCUGAUCUGGGUUUAGCAAGGAGGCAGCAGCUGGUGAAGGGGCAGGGAGGUGGGCAGGCAGCAGGUGGCCCAGCUCUUUCGGCUGCUUAAGGCCUGGAAGGGAAUGGCCUGUCAAACCUGGGACAUAGCCUGGAUCUAAUGCCCAUUUUCUGCAAGGCCAGCAGGCCUGUGCACGAUUCGUAAUCUCUCCCCCAAGCCCAGCCUGACAUCACGGAUGAGUUCUCCAGAAAAGGCAUGUUAGAGAAGCAAAAUUUCAGCAUUAGGACAUGAGUUGCAUUUGGGAAAUCAAGCACCAGGUGCCAACUGGAAGUUUCCUGGCUCUGAGCCAGAAGCUGAGGCAGCAGAAAGAAGGCCAGAUUAACAUUUAUCUGCACUUAAGAACCAACAAUAUUCAUCAAAAUGGGGGCUUCCGGAGGGUUGCAGCCUCUUCUGACAGGAGACAAUUCAAAGCAAAGUAUUUAUUGCCAAGAGAUGAACUGAAAUAUUAAUGAAAGGCGGUGGAAUGACUGACGCAAAACAAGGCCUGAUGAAAAACAGGCCCAGAGCUGAAGAGAGUAGGAAGUGCAGCACAUCCUGGGCUUUGCCUGGCGCCCGGGUGACACAAACAGCACUUAGGCGGUGGCUGCGUACCAGCCGGGCAUCCUGUAGGAGAGCAUUCCAGAGCGGGGCGGCUGCUGAGCCAGCCAGCUCUCCUCCUCCUGUGCUUCCUGUAGCUGGAGGAUCAAAGCGGGAGGUGGCAAGAGGGGAGCCCCUGGCUAUGCAGAGGGCAGGAGGAAGGGAGGAUGCUUCUGCCAGGGCCUAUAGAAAGAGGGGGCCUGACGAAGCUGGGGUGCCACUGAGCUCCACCUGCAUCGCACGGCCAUUCGUCAGGGCAUCUUCGGAAGCUAAGAAGGCUUCUCCCUGGGCAAGGUCACCGCCUCACUUCUUCCUCUCUGCUUUUUUCAUAGCUUUGGUUUGUGUGAAUUAUGAAGUCCUCUCCCAGUGGUUAUCGGCAGCGGCAGUGGGACCGUGUGACUCCCCCCAAGUUGGCAAGACAGGAGAGCCCAAAGAACCCUCCGAAUGGCAAGGCUGGCUCUUACGGAGUCACUAUCCGGGUCCAAGGGAUCGAUGGCCAUCCAUAUCUCGUGCUCAACAACACUGAGGGAUGCUUGUCAGCAGAUCUCUUGGGGCCUGAAAAUGGCCAGCAGGUUACAGCUGAUCAGCCAGAGCCAGAUGCCGCUCUUCCUGCCAUUGAACUCGUCAAGAAAAGCCACAAAGGAAGACCCUUUGGCGGGCUUUGGGAUAAUGCGCCAGCCGGUUGGCUUAAAAGCCUGAACCAAGCCAGCAGGGCAGAGGGAAAGGAAACAGCCUCACCUUUGAAAGCGGAGAUUUCCCAGGCCUCUAAUUUGCUGAACUUCCAGAAAUAUCCAGAGCUGCUUCAACCCUAUAAUCCUGCAAACAUUAUCUUGAAUCUGAAGGACCUUCAGCCUCCCCUGCUGAGCAAAUCCCAAUCUAUUGAGGAUGAAGAGAAAUUGGAUUCCAGGCCUUGGAACUCAUCUUUGAAGGUAGCGUUAGGUGGCUCAACCUCCCAAUUUGCAGAACUGGCUAAAUCAAAACCGAAAACGGUGGACUUGACCAAGCCUGACCAGAACAAGCAGCAAGAGCUGGAAAGCCCCAGUGUUGCUGACCUUCCUGGCGGAAGGCUUGAGUGGCUCAUUUCUGGGGCUGGAUUUUCACCUGCUGGGAGUUCCUCUGCCUGCCCAGGUUCUAGGAGGUGCAGACCGGACCUCCUCCCUUUCCGCCAGCUGGACUCGGCAGGAGCAGCCCUGAAUGGUUCCCAGAAAUCUUCAUCUUCGUCCACUACUCCAACAUCGGCCGCCUCUGUGUCCAAGUUUUUCCUAGAUGACCAAGAAUAUGCCAUCUAUGCCGACCACGUCAACCGGCAUGAAAAUCGGCGGUAUAUCCCAUUCUUGCCUGGAACCGGCCGUGAUAUUGAUACUGGCUCCAUUCCUGCAGUUGAGGAGCUGAUCGAAAAGUUUGACAGGAAAGUUUGUCCCCAAAGGAGGGGAAGAUUAGGGUUUAGGACUCGAACUCUUCCAGAGAAUCCAAAGCGAUCCAAGAGCGUAGACAGCGCCCUGUCUCACGGACCGCAUUCUGAUUGCAUCAAUGAUUUCACCAAAAGCUUGGGGAGAUUGUCCCAGCAGUUGGUCCAGUACUCCCAAGUUUGCCUGCAGAAGCCGCUGUCUCCAGAGAAGAAUGCAACAUCUCUUGGGGAGCAGUUGGCCCCUCGGACAGCAGGCAAGCUCCAGACAAGCCCAGAAAUGAGAGAGUCUCCCAGCAGCCAUUUCAGCUCCUUGCAGCAUCUGAGACAAGAUCAAAUGAACCCCGAGAGUUUGCCUUCUAAGUCUUCCACUCUUCCAAGGCAGCGUAAAAAAAGAGACCAUAAAACUCUGGCCUCCACUCUCUUGUUACCAGAAAGCACCGUGAGUCAGACUCACUCAAUGGAAACUUUUGCUUCUGAUUCAAAAGAUGCUCAGGUAACACCUGACCUGCUCAAGGGCCAGCAAGAACUUGCCCGACAAAGCAAUGAAGAGACGGCCAAGCAGAUUCUUUACAACUAUCUCAAGGAAGGUACCAGUGAAAAUGAGGAUGCUACCAAGAGGAAAGUCAACUUGGUAUUUGAGAAAAUCCAGACACUGAAGUCCAGAGCAGCCGGGAGUCCCAAGACAUCUGAUGCUUCAGUGGAAGUCAGCAUGUUGGUGGAAGAGAAGAAGCAGUUGAGAGUGGAGGUUUCUGAGCUACAGAGGAAGCUGGACUUGGAACUCAAGAAUCAGCAGAACUUCAAAGCUGAAAGGCAGACAAUGGAAGCAGAGCUUCAGAAGCUUCGGCAACAGCUUAAAGAAAAUAUGGAGGAGAAAGACACUUUCAGGAGGCAGCUGAAGGAAAGCGAGAAAGACCUUAGAGAAAACUUGGAGGAGCUUUUCCAAGUGAAAAUGGAACGGGAGCAGCACCAGAGAGAGAUCCGGGACUUGCAGGAUCAGCUUUCCGAGAUGCACGAUGAACUGGACAGUACGAAGCACAUGGAGGACAGCGAGAAAGAGCAACUCGUAGAGGAAUUGAUGCAAAUGAAGCAGGGCCUGCAGGAACUGCUGGUGCUCAAAGACCAGCAAGAAAAGACCCUGAAGAAACGUGAGCGGGAGCUGGCGGCCCUGAAGGGUGUCUUGAAGGAAGAGAUGGCCAUCCAGGACCAAGAGAUGGGCCACCUCAAGGAGCAGCACAUCCGGGAGCUCCAGAGCCUAAGUGACAGUUUGGCCACAGCCACAGAGAAAAUUGGCUCCCUGUCCAGUGCGAAGGCUGAAGCUGAGAAGGAGCAAAGAAGCCAAGAAAGCAGAGUGGCUGGGAUGGCCGAGCAAAACGGGCAGCUGAAGAAGCAGCAGCAAGAACUGCAGCUGGAACUUGAGAACUUGAAGGGAAGCAAGAAGGAAGCUGAGGAAAGGCUGAGAAGGUGCAUGAAAGAGAUGCAAUCCUUGAGCCAUGCCAAGGAGGAAGCCCGCCAGCUGGCCUCGGCCAAGGGAUCUUUGGAAGCCCAGCUGGAGGACGCCCAGAGGAACAUCAGUCGGCUGAGCCAGGAGCAGCAGCGGCUGAUAGGCUGCCUGGAAGACGAAUCUUCCCAAAAAGAUCAGCUACAGAAGACGAAGCGUGAACUGGAGAAUGAGCAGCGGCAGCUGGACAGAACUGUUGAAACCCUGCAGAAGGAGAUGGCGGAAAUCAUUAAAGUGUCCCUGGAAUCAACCCAGCAACUCCAGAAGCAACUUGAUGAGUACAAAGAGAAGAACCAGCAGCAGUUGGUAGAUUCACAGCAGCAGCUGCAGGACAAAACUCUGGAGCUAGAAAAGGCCUACCAGACAAUCCUCAAAAUGCAAGAGCAGGUACGUUUUAUGGAGGAAGAAUUACAGGGUCACAAAAAAGCCCAAAAAGAAGCCCUCACCAAGACUCGGCUUCUAGAAGACACAGUGAAGAACUUGGAAUAUGAACUGGAAACUAAAAGCCACUUGAAAGAAGAUCGGGCCAGACAGGCCAAGAUACUGGAGGACAAGAUAUCCCAGCUGGAGUUGUUGCUUGAAGAAGAACGGAGCAAUUGCGAUAUCCUGUCUGGAAGGAUCAGCAGGGGCAGGGAGCAGAUUGAACAAAUGAGGAGUGAACUCCUUCAGGAAAGGACAGCCAGGCAAGAACUGGAGGGCGACAAGACCGCCCUGGAAAGGCAGAACAAGGAGCUGAGAGGCCAGAUACUCCACCUGGAAAGUUCUCACAGGCCCAGCAAGGAAGGCCUCCUGGCCCAGAUGGAAGGCCACCUCUUGGCACUGGAAGAGCAGCUGGAGAGUGAGGAGAGGGACCGAGCUCACCUCCAGUUGACCAACCGCCGAUUGGAGAGGACUGUGAAGGAGCUCCUGAUGCAGGUGGAUGAUGAGCACCUCUCCUUGACUGACCAGAAGGACCAGGAGGGCCCUCUCCUCGCUCCACAGCUCAGCCUGCGCCUGAAGGCCAUGAAGCGGCAAGUGGAAGAAGCAGAGGAAGAAAUAGACAGGCUGGAGAAUACCAAGAAGAAGCUUCAGAGGGACCUGGAAGACCAAGUGGACCUCAACGACCAGCUGCAAGGACAGCUGACCACCAUCCGACAGGACCUCAGACGCCAGAAGUCUUCCAAUCAGCUGCUGAGCGACUUUGACUUUGAGGAUGACAACUUCAGCACUGAUGGGGAGAGCCUUUUCGAUGCCCCCCUGGGGUUGAAGUCCUUCAAGCACAGUGACGGCAAAGCCAAGGAGGAUGCCAGCCAGCCUUAAUGGCCGAGAGUCAAGGUCCGCGGAAUCAAGGCGCCUCCAGCUGCAGGAAUCAGAGCAUCAUAUGACCGUGACUCCUUUUUCUGAAAUGUGCCAUGUUUAGAUUUGUUUCAGAAAUAAACUUUUGUGAACAAAAAGGAGCUGGCCUUCCAGUUCCUUCCACGGAUUCAGGGAUACUUCUAGCGCCUGGCCGACCCUAGACUGCUUCCAACCCGAGGUCUUCUCCUUGGAAGCUGUUUCAAACCGAGGGGAGGAAGGGUGUCACUUUCUUACUAGAGCAGAGGAAGGAAUAUACAAAGCAGGAGAUAAGGAUGUAUGUAUUUUUGAAUCAAGAGUUUUUGCAACUCUUGCAACAGUUUUGUAUAGUUUCUAUAGCGCAUAUCAAUAGUGCAGGAAUCUAUAUUAAGUGUCAUAUCAUCCAUAAGCUUUAAAACCCUAUUGCAGUAAACUCCAUUUGUUCAGCAAACAUGUUUAUGGGUGAAGGAGAACAGCGUGACCUUGGGCAGAUGGAAAAAGCAGGACAUUCUGCCACACCAGGAGCCAUUUCGACUCAGAAAAACUGUUCCUCGUCUCAACUUCCUUGCUCUGACUUUCCGGGAUCAAAUCAAUGGGGAGACUGUUGACACUUUAGAAAAGAGACUUUUGCCCUGAUCUGAGCAGCCUCAGGUGCAGAGAAGCAGGGCUGAAGUGGCCUGCUAGAGUCAAGACCGCCAUUGGGUUCAGAGCUGAAACAGCUGCUUUGCUCUUCCCGGAUUGUGGUAUCUGCUCCUCUGGUGGGUUAUAGCAUAUCAGAAAAGGCACUUAUGUUUUCUUGCCUUCUGGUUUUAAUUGUAGCUACCUGUAAGCGGCAUCUGAGUGCACUGGAAGCACUUACAAGUAUUUGUAAAAGUUUUCAUUGUAAUCUGCAUUUUUAUCUUUUUACCAAGUCUUUCCUCUGUUAGGACAAUCUUCAAUGUGGAAAUAAUAGUAUUAGCAGCCCCAUGCAAUUGUUCUCUUCUGCAACUUUGUUAAAGUAUUCGGUUCAAAACUGGUUAUCAUCAAAUGUUUUUUUCAGAGUCAGCACUGAGAAUAUUAAAUUCCAACAUAAAUGCAAAUCCUGGAAGCUGCACAAAUAAGUCUCAUAAUGGAAGAAUGCAGUCACCUGAAAGAAAAUAUUGCUCCUAAAAAUCUUUGGCAUCUGGACUUUGUGGGUUGGUGAGUAGAACCUUAAGUAAGGUCUGCUUUGACCCCACGACGUGCUUUGGGCAUGAGGUCCAAUGACUUCCAUUGGAAACACCAAGAACUGCCUUCACCUCCCACCCACAAAUUCCUAGUGCCCCAUAGUGGGAGCAGAGAUCAUAGAUGAAGGGAACAGGAGGAGGGAAAGCCAGGGUUUUGAUUUGGGCUUCAUGAACAUGUCUACAUGUGUGCCUCAGAUGCAGAGACAGAACAUCCUCAUGUCCAGUUGACCUGUUCACGGAAGGAGGGCAGCUGGUCUUGGUGGCAGUUGACUGCUGACUCUGGUGGCCACGGUGUCUUGCUCGGAUGCAUCAAGUCUUUGUGUUGCUCUGAGAAUUGAAAAAAGCGAAGUUCUGCUAGCUUGCUGAGGUCAGCCUGAGCCAAGAAGAGGCAGCUUUUUGCUUGGCAGAAGACCCCCUGACAGCCCCUGGUUCAGCCACCGCCGUCUCAGAUGGGGCAAGAGAACCCUUGGGGAAGAGGAGGAGAAGGCAGGGGCAGCGGUCAAUUGAGCACCUUCUGUUCCUAUGGGGAAGGGGGCUUGUUUCAGAUUUACAGAAUUCUAUUACUGGGAGCCACAAAGGAUCUUGAAACAAGAUAGUGCUAUUUUUUGUUCCAGCAGUUCUUCAUGAAUGAGAUCAUGAAGUAAUUUGUCCAAAUUGUUUGGAUAACUUUAGAGCUUGUCUCCUGCUAAUAGGAAUAUAUUUGCUCUGAGAUGUACUUGAUUUUCAGCAGAUUUUCAACAGAUGUAUUCUUAGAAGGUUUGUAGCUAAUCUGAAUGAGCUGCAUUUUUCUUUACUUGUCAAUAGCUUUUAAAAACAAGGAAGAAAUGAUCUGGAAAUGUGCUGUGUUGACAAUCAGUUCAAACUCUUGUAUUUUUCUUCUGAUAUUAAGAUGCCAACUUUAUUUUAAUACUACUCUUUAGAACUCUCUUUUUGGAUCAUGACUGAGCAAGCUGAAGACAAAAAUCCAUUGGAAACAAAUUCACUUUUAAUUUCAAGGGCUUUUACUGGAAAAACUUCUAGUAUAAAUUUGAGACUGAGACUGUAAAUAAUUUGGUGAAAAACCAAGGAAUUUUUGCAGCUACCUCCAGACAUGCUAAACCAUAAAACUCUAGUUAUUUUGAAAUAAACGGUAAAUCUUUCUA